AAGCCCGCCAUACCUCUCACCCACCCCCUCCCAACACCCCCUCCGACCACAUCAAGCGGCGGCACCAUCGCGAUCCUUUUCCUUGGACGACGAUUCAUACCUCACGAUAUUCAUCUGGACACGACGUCAGCAACCCGACAAGCGGAGCCUGCCUGAUUGAAGUAGUCUGAGGCACAACUGGUCCAACGCGAGAAUCAGCUGCAAAAAACCUUUAUACUUGUUGUCCGACAUCUACGCAGGAACCAUCCUCACCCACAUCGCUCGCCAUGGCUGACGCGCCGAAUGCGAACGAUGAGCUUUACCCCAUCGCUGUGCUCAUCGACGAGCUGAAGCACGACGAUGUCAUCCUCCGCCUCAAUGCCAUUCGACGUCUCUCUACCAUCGCCCUCGCCUUGGGCGCCGAGCGCACUCGGGAGGAGCUCAUCCCCUUCCUCGACGAAUCCGUCGAAGACGAAGAUGAGGUUCUUGUUGCCCUAAGCGAGGAGCUCGGCAACUUCAUCGAGUAUGUCGGUGGGCCUCAAUGGGGUCAUGUCCUCCUGUCGCCCCUCGAGAACCUCGCAGCUAUCGAGGAGCCAGUGGUGCGGGACAAGGCUGUCGAGUCCCUCAACAAGAUCUGCGUAGAUCUUUCGUCCCAGCAGGUCGAAGAAUACUUCAUUCCCCUGACGAUCCGACUCUCCAAGGCAGAUUGGUUCACGUCCAAAGUAUCAGGGUGCGGUCUCUACACUAGCCCCUACCAGAAGGUCUCGCCACCUAUUCAGUCCCAGCUGCGCCAGCAGUUUGGACAGCUUGUCCACGAUGAGACCCCGAUGGUCCGCCGUCAAGCUGCGACCAACCUAGCAAAGUUCGUCAAGGAGAUGCCGGCAUCGAUUGUGGUGGAGGAGAUGAUACCCAUGUUUCAGCACCUCGCGCAGGACGAUCAAGACUCGGUGCGCUUACUGACCGUCGAGGUUCUCAUUGCCAUUGCCGAGGUUGUUCCCAAAGAGCAGCAGUCUAGCCACGGCGUCCUUCUCACCUCCCUUCGGAGCCUGAUAGAAGACAAGAGCUGGCGAGUCAGGUACAUGAUUGCAGACCGGUUUGAGAAGAUUGCAAAGGCAGUCGACGAGGAGGUUGUGGCAAGAGAUCUGGUGCCCUCUUUCGUGAAGCUGCUCAAGGAUAACGAAGCCGAGGUGCGGACGGCAAUUGCGGGACAGAUUCCUGGGUUCUGUGCCUUGGUCGAGCGGAAUGUCCUCCUGAACGACAUCAUGGCUAGCAUCGAGGAUCUCGUUUCGGACAAUUCCCAACACGUCCGCGCCGCUCUGGGCACCCAGAUCAGCGGCCUGGCUCCUAUCCUGGGCAAGCAGGAGACUAUUGACCACCUGCUGCCCAUGUUCCUCCAGAUGCUCAAGGAUGAGUUCCCAGAAGUCCGCCUGCACAUCAUCUCGAAGCUCGAGCUCGUGAACCAGGUCAUCGGGAUCGACCUGCUCUCGCAAUCUCUCCUCCCCGCCAUCGUUCAGCUCGCUGAGGAUAAGCAGUGGCGAGUCCGCUUGGCGAUCAUCGAGUACAUUCCGCUGUUGGCAAGCCAACUCGGAGUCAAGUUCUUUGACGAGAAGCUGAGUGCACUUUGCAUGGGCUGGCUUGGAGAUACAGUCUUCUCCAUCCGUGAGGCAGCCACUCACAACCUCAAGAAGCUCACAGAGGUUUUUGGUGUCGAUUGGGCCAGCGAGGCGAUCAUUCCCAAGGUGAUGGCUAUGGGCAAUCACCCGAAUUAUCUCUACAGGAUGACGACAUGCUUUGCCAUCACGACUCUGGCAACUGUUGUGAGCAUGGAUGUGAUUGCCAAAUCGAUCCUGCCCAUGCUCGACAAGCUGGUGGCGGAUGAGAUUCCAAACAUCCGGUUCAACGUCGCCAAGACUUAUGCUGUACUUAUCGAUGUCAUGCGGCGCCUGCCUGAGUCUGGGACCAUUUAUGAGCUCGAGAAGGCGGGCGAGACUGGGACACCGUCCUCUCAGGGUCAGGGGCUGAUCCAGGAGCGCGUGAUGCCAAACCUGGAGAAGCUACAGAAGGACGACGACGUGGAUGUCCGGUAUUUCGCAACUACUGCCGCUGCGGUCGCGACUGGUCCUCUGCCAGGUGGAGAACCUAUGAACACAUCGCCUUAGACACGAGACAUCUAAUGAACCAAAGACUUUCCCAACACGAGCCCCCGUCCAAAUUUCAGAGUCACGCCGAGAUUCAUCGCGUUUCUUUAGACUGUUUUGUCUUCUCUUAAACCCUUGAUCACAUCUCAGCGUUCCAGAUUCAGUUACGAGGAAGUUCAAGAGAAAUUACACCAUUAGAGCUCGGACCAGGCAUACAGGAGGAGCACUAUCAAUUUCCGCCUUCUUGGUGGGGACGGGGGUACACACCAGUUGCGGUUUGUUAGUAGCGGACCGUCGUCGAAGGCAGGGGGGGGGGGAGGAAGAGUCCAGCAGCCUGGGCUCAAAUGGAGGGGAUGUAAAAUUAUACCAGUCAUCAAACCGUAGAGAGAGGAGACUUGCCGCGCUGUUGAUGAAGUCCAUGUCUGCAUUUUCCCAAGAUGUUACAGGCUAGGAUCAUGCAUUGUCGCGCGCAUGUCGGGUAGAGUCAUGCUCGUUCCAUUGGGACCAAAAUACACGAUUGUCUCAUG